CAGCUCGCUCUGUGGAGCCGGGCUCAUGUGCGCAUUAGGUUUACAUUUACUGUAAUGUAGUGAGUAUUUACACACGCUGAAGUAGUGCUACCUGCGGGGAUGUCUGUGUUUGUGAGCAGUAGCAGCUCAGUGAACAUUUAGAGACACCAAUAACGUUAGAAGUUAUUUUUGAUUCACAAGCUGUCAAAGACUUUAAGCUAGUUAGCAACAACCAGGUUCAACGCAGUCAACGUUAAUUAAAGUUAAAGCUGAUGUUUACUUGUAACGUCAGCUUUAGACAGAAAGAGACUGAACGAUACGACGAACCGAAUUAAAAACAUGUGACAAACUAAAGUGUUCUUUCGUUGUUUCCGUUGUUGUUUGUAUAUAUCACAACCUUAUUUAUGUUUUAACUUCCUUAUUUGAAGCCACUCUUCAAUUCGGCAUUGACAGAAUUAUAAGAGGACACAGUUGUAUUAAAAACUAACUUUUUAUAUUACAAUUUCUCAAUUUCUUCCAGUGUUUGACGGUUUGACGGUUUUUACGUUUGUUAAAUGUUCAAAUAUUUACUCAAGGUGUUACAAACUGUUGAGAAAACAUGAAGCAAACAAAAAAAAAACCAACAAAAAAAGCCGAAGUAUUUGUUUAAGUAAAUUACGCCUGUAGCUCCAACUCAACAAAAAAAACCCACUACUACUACGACUAAUCGACAAGCCGUAGUUGACAACAUCACGGAGCUUAUUACAUCGCCUGCUCGUUACCGGAAAAAUCAAGUUUUUGCAGUAUCCCUUUUGUUGAUUUGUCUUUCUUCUUCACAGGACGGAGAAUGGCAGGCCUCUGGAGAUCCUACCAAGUCUUGAUGACCAAAUACCCCUGGACGGUGCAGUUAGUAACAUCUGGGCUUCUGGUGGGUGCUGGUGAUGUCAUCUCCCAACAGCUGAUUGAGAGAAGGGGAUUGGCUCAUCACAACGUGCUGCGGACUGCCAAGAUGAUGAGCAUUGGUUUCUUCUUUGUGGGUCCAGUCAUCGGCAAAUGGUUAAAGGUUUUGGACGGACUGGUGGUUGGAGGAACAAAAAGUGCUGCCAUUAAGAAAAUGCUGAUUGACCAGUUGUGCUUUGCUCCGUGUUUCCUGGGAGCUUUUCUUGGUAUCUCCGGAGCUCUGAACGGACUGACGGUGGGGGAAAACGUCACCAAGCUCAAGAGGGACUACCCAGAUGCCCUGAUCUACAAUUACUACCUCUGGCCUCCUGUCCAGAUUGCCAAUUUCUACUUCAUUCCACUCCACUACAGGUUGCCUGUCGUCCAGAUUGUUGCUGUUUCUUGGAACUCCUACCUGACAUGGAAGGCCAAUAAGAUGUGAGCAGUCAUUGCAAGUCCGGCCUGUCUUCUUGUUGUUGAUGAUGAUGAUGAUGAUGAUGAUGAUGAUGAUUUCACACUCAUUUGUAGUGUGUGUGUGUGUGUGUGUGUGUGUGUGUGUGUCUGCUACGGGCCGUUCUGGUCUAACUUACUUCUUCUGAUAUUUCCAAUGUGUAAAACUGUGACUGACUCACUUAUAAAGGUCGGGAGAAAGUGCUUGUCUACUCUGAAUGACAAAUUCACACUUGAAAGUCAAACUUGCAUUUGCAUAAAUGUCUGUGAAAGUUUGUUAUUUAUGGAAAUGGGAUUUGGCAACGGUGGCGCUUUGUAGCCACACACACACACACACACACACAGACACACAUACAUUGACACCCACUGGUUGCGAAGGAAACUUUUCUUAUCCAUUUAAUGUGUUAUUAACCACUUGAAAUAAUGGUGUUUAUUACAGGUUAAUAGUCUUUAUAAUGAAGUUUUUACCUCAGAGUUUCUUCAUACUGUUUUUUUUUUCAUGUCAUUUUAUUCUUUCAUUAGUGAUUUUUAAUAUGUCCCACAAUUUGUAAUAAUGUAUUGUUAUUUACAUACUUGGUUUACUCAUUUUGUCUUCACCUGCCUCAUCUGUGUACUUCUACUUCAGUAACUGUUUCACUACAUUUACAAAUGGCAUUCCUCAGGAAAGGGAAAGCAACCUGUUCUUAGAUUUCUCUCAAGAAUGUACAGACAGUGAGUGAUAACUAAGCACAAGUUGUCUGUUCAUAAGUGGCAACGCAUUCUGACCUGUGGAGACUUCUGUAGGUGAAGAAAAAAAUCAUGGCUCUGAAAAGAUUUGCUUGUUAUAGCUGCACAAUAUUAGGAAAUAAUAAAUAACAAUAUUACUUGCGAUACAUAAACACAUUAACGUGAACUCAGUUCUGCGUUUCCGCUGCUAUAAUACAACAAAUGGCGUGUUGAACUACAAAGAAAAAAUGUAGGGAAAGUUUUUCCAACAUUCUUUGAUUCAACAAAUUGAGCAUAGAACCGAGCACAAAAGGCACCAAUAACAAUGAAGUGGUAGUUGCAUUUUAAAAUGUAGCUUUCUACCAACACUUUCUUUCAACUAAAUAAAAAGAAAAAAAACCCUGAUUGCAAUAUCCAAGGUUUUUUUGUCAUGCCAUGUUUAUUGCAUAACUGGACAUUGUGAUGGAAAAAGAAACAUGUUAUGCAGCCCUAGCUCUUGUUCUUCACAACUACACCUGAUGUUAAAAGAAUAUUUUGAUAUUUUUUGAAAUACACUUAUUCACUUUCUUGCUAAGAAGAGGAAACAGCUAGCCGUCCAAGGGUAACAAAAUCCAUCUAUCAGCACCUCUUAGUUAGUGUCAUAUCUUGUUUGCUUGCUCUGUAUAAAACCAAAUCGUAUAAAACUAAAAUUACUGUUUUGCGGAAUUUGGUUAACCCUUGGCAAAGCCAGGCUAGCUGUUUCCAGUCUUUAUGCUAAGCCAAUCGGCUACUGGAUCUAGCUUCAUAAUUAACGUACAGACUUGAGAGUUGCAUUGAUCUUGUCAUCGAACUCAACAGCAAGAAAAGCAUUUUUCCUAAAUGUCUAACUAUUCCUGUAAAAAAUGUCAUUGAAUGUUUUCUGUUAGACUGCAUUGUGCUGAAAAACAAAUUUGUGCAAUGGUGCAUCGACAAUCACUGUUGAAGUUUAGAUUCUUCAUCGUAGAAUCUUAUACAAAACAAAGUGCACAUUUUUAAUAACAAAGUACAUCUAUGGCAUAUAAAAUAAUAAAGUUUUACAUGAUGACAAUA